AUGAGGGAGGCUAUGGUGAAAAAUGUUAUGCAUGCAGGCUGUGGUGGCGGAGGACCUUCUGGCUUAGAGCAUGUUGAAAUUCCAACUCCAAAUCCAAACAAAGAUCAAGGGAUAGCCACUCGCACUUUUGUGGAGCUCGUAGCCUUGACUUGGUCAAGACCUCAGAAGGAGCAAGCAGCUCUACAAGAGAAGAGUCCAUCUCCAUUUGGUCCAAAAUAUGAUGCUGUGAUGUGA